GCGCGAGAACUCUGCCGCUGCGAGCAUUGCCCAACACUAAAGUGUUCUAAUUCCUGCACUUACAUAUGUACAUGUAAACUAUUAAAUUGGCCAUCGCAAAGAAUACAACAUGGAGGAAAACGAGACUCGGUCGGAGACCAGAGACCCCACGGAACUGGCCAAUGGGACAGGCGAGGAUGACGCGACCAGCCAGCACAAAUUCAGUCACCUGCAGAACGAGAUGCGCAAAAUGCAGAACGAGUUCAACACGCAGCGGGCCAAGAUGCGGGAGCUGUACAUGCAGAAGGAGGCGGAAGUCAACCAGAGCCAGCUGGAACGCAGGCAGUUGCAAACGGAGUUGGACGAACUAAAAACCCACCUGAUGGUUGCUGACCUCAAGUCCGAGAACGAGCUGCAGCUGAAGGACCUUAAAGCGCAGGAAGAGAUCUCCUCCCUGCAGCAGCUGGUGCAGGACACCAUCGAAGAGUCCUCGCAUUACAAAAGCGAGCUGGAACGUCUCAAGCUGGAGCUGACGAAGUACCAGCAGAUUCACCAUCAGGCGCAGACGUUGUCUCAGCAACCGCAGGCUGAGUCAUCCGGCGGCUUAGCGCCCCAAGUGCUGAAUCAAGUCAAAAAGACGCUAGGCUCUGUGCGGAAACUAGGCACUGACUCACUAAACAGCAGCUUUCAGCAGGAAGAUGAUACGCGGGCAGCCAACAAGGGCAAUGGCAAGCAAUACGCCCCCGAGGAGGCGGAAAUGAUGCACUCCAUCGUCGAACAGUUGCAAGAGGAGAUGAAGGCCCUAAAGAUGAAAGUUCGAGAGCAGGACGAGCAAUUGCAGGCCAAGUCGUCUGUCGAUGCCUCCGCCCUGCACAAGUCCACGUCCAUGGAUGUGGCCGAGGGCUCAUGUGAGUCCUGUAGCGUGGCAGAGAAAAAGACCGAAGAGCUAAAUGCACACAUCAACAAGCAACAAAAGCAGGUUGAUCUGCUGCAAAAGCAGCUUGUAGAAUCCCGCGAAACCCUGGCCAAGGAGGCCGCGCUGCGCAAAGAUCUGGAAGACCAGUGGCAGGAGAAGCGGGAAGCCCACAAAAGCGAAGUACAAAGUCUGCGCGAUCAGGCCAAAACCAACGAGCAGCGACUGCUGGACAUGCAGCAGACGUUCCUCGAGACCAAGGACGAGGUGAUAAAGCAGAUACAGCGCGUCACCGACGACCGGGAGCGGGUCAACAAACAGUUGGAGACAUUGCAGGCCGAUAACGACUUCCUGUCCGGUCGCUAUCUGGCCACGUCCGAGGAGAUCGACAACCAGUACAUCAACCUGCCCAACACGGUUGUCGAGCUUCAGGAACUUAUGCUUCGUCAGCAAAGCGAGCUAAUCCAGGCUCGCGUCAGCAGCGAGUACGAGCGACAAAAGUGCACGAGCACAGAGGAUGAGAUUCAGAUCUUGCGGGCCCAACUGGAGGAGAGCAAUAACGAGCGACGUGCCUACAAGCGCAAAAUGCAACUAGAUAUUAAGUCACUGCAGGACCGGGUAACGGAGCAUUUGGUCACGGUGCAGGCGUACGAGACGACCAAAACUCAAUUGGAGCGCAAAGAGGCUGAGCUCAAUAAACAGCUGUCCGAGUGCCGCGUGGAGAUCAUUGAAUUGCAAGAAGCCAAUGAGAAGUACGCCAAAACAAACUCAGAUUACAAGACAAAGAUAAAAACACUGCAGGAGGAGCUGUCCACCAUGGAGACAGUGCAGAAGGACUUUGUUAAACUAUCGCAAACCCUUCAGAUGUCGUUGGAGGAGCUACGGCAUGCCGACACGGAAGUUCGCUGGCAGGACGACGAUGACGUGAACAACUGUCCGACGUGCAACGCCUAUUUCACGGUCAUGGUGCGCAAGAUCCAUUGCCGGCACUGCGGCCACAUCUACUGCGAUAAGUGUCUAACAAAAACGGUGCCAUCAGGGCCACGGAAGCGAGUGACCCGAGUCUGUGAUAUCUGUCACACGCUGCUUACGCCAAACACCGCUCCCUAUUUCAGUCAGGGACAGCCGCCACAGCAGCAAUCAGGCCAGCAGCAGCAGUCCAACUAGGUGGCCGGGCUCCAAGCCCAAGCUAUGUGUGAACUACGAUUACGAUUAGUUUAUAUUUCCUUGAACUCUAUUGCUCUGUUUUGUGCUCCAAAAUAACGUUUUUAAAUUCGAUGCUCAACCUUUCCAAUGCUGCACCAGGUUGAGUUAUUUUCCAUUUCCUUAUGCCAAUGUCUGUUUUUGAUUUUGCCGUACCUUCUUUGUGCUUUACAUAACGUAAGCGAUGAGUUGUCUAUGUUAGCUUUUGUCAUAGGUAAGUUUUCAUAAUUGAAUUGAACUCAAAUCAAAUACACAAAUUAAAACAAAUAA